UUUAGUGAUUCUACAACUGACAGUUUAGACAUAAAGAAAUUUCAUGUUUAUGAAUAUAUUUACGGUUUAAAGAUAUCUAACAGCUAGCAUUGCCUGCAAAACAACACCAGAAGCAAGAUGGCCUUUACAAAUAUCCCUUUCAGAGUUCUCCAUUAUUCCAUGAAAUGCAACUACUGCUUCAUAAAGCCAGUCAAAAACCGUCAAAUCGUCAGCAAUAAUUGGUUCUCUGUCCAUUACUUAAGCAUUUCUACCGUCAAUAAACAGCAGAGUGUCAUCAACGUCACAGAACAAGAUGUGAAGACAGACAAUUUGAAUUUUGAUGAGCAUGUGGAUAUUUUCAAAAAGAAAUCUUUCAGAGAAUUGUUAAGGUCUUAUCUAAUAUUUGGUUUGUGCUCCAGUGAUUUGUUGGUCUCGAAGAGUGGCUGGCUUCUUCGUACGGGAGAAAGAAUCUUGGGAGAAAGAUUAAUGAGUGUAAUUCUAAAACCAACUUUAUAUGGUCAGUUUGUGGCUGGAGAAACUAGACCUGAGAUUGAGAAAACCACAACAUCUCUGAAAGCUGCAGGAAUCGGUUCUUUACUUGGAAUGCCAAUGGAACAAGAUGCUGAUGAUAAUGCUGGGGAGAGACAUAACUGGUAUGAGAAAAACUUUAAAAUAAUGAUGGAUGCCAUCGACCUCGUCUAUGAAUUGGACAAAGAAUUUCCUAUGACCCAUGCCAAAGUGACUGCUUUAAUGCCAACAGACAUAUUGGUGACCAUAUCCAAUCUAUUUCCUAAACCAACAGAACAUCCAGAAGUUCUGAUGCAUAUAGCAGAAUGUAUGAAAACUGGACAAAAAUUGAAAAUAGAUGGACUCAACACUGCACAACUUGAAGAAUUGCAGGAAGCUUUGUACAAAUUACGGAGAAUUGGGGAGUAUGCUGUUGAGAAAGAUGUGAUCUUCAUGUUUGAUGCUGAACACACCUAUGUCAAUCCUGGUCUUAAUAUUCUCACCCUUGCCAUGAUGCUCAAUUAUAAUCAUUCCAAACCAUUGAUAUUCUUCACCUACCAAAGCUAUCUCAAGGGAUCAACUGAUAACUUGGAACAAGAUUUAAAUUUUGUUCUGAAACAUGGAGUGAAAUUAGGAGCCAAGGUUGUGCGAGGGGCAUACAUGGACCUUGAAAGGGCUCGAGCCCUAAAACAGGGCUAUGCCGACCCGGUCAAUGACACAUAUAAGGAAACAUGUUGGAGAUAUGAAACUAAUGUGGAGAAGAUGUUGAAAAAGAUAGCGAAAUAUCCACAAAAUUAUCGAAUGAUGAUUGCAACACACAACGAGGAAAGUAUCAAGAAAUUAUAUAAAAAAGUAGAAGAACAUGGUGUUGAUAGAAGGAAUGGAACGGUAUUUUUCGCCCAGAUCUUUGGAAUGGGUGACCAUAUAUCAUUUACUUUAGGAGACAGUGAUGUCCUUAUCUACAAAGCGCUACCGUAUGGUCCUGUUAAUGAAACAUUAGCAUACUUGGUACGUCGGUUGCAGGAGAACAAAGCCAUUUUGAAAGGAGCCAGGCGUGAGCAGAAACUGGUUGAGCAGUCUUUAAAGGGUCGACUUACCUUCUGGAAAAACUAAUCAAGCAUUUAUAAACCACACACACACACACAUGCAAAUAUAUUUUUUUAUCUUUUAAUUUUUUAUUUUUUACUUGUUUCAGUUAUUAGACUGUGGCCAUGCUGGGGCACUGAUCCUGGGGAAUUUUAGUCAACUUAAUCGAACCCAGAGCUUAUUUUAAGCCUGGUAUUUAUUCUAUUGGUCUCUUUUGCCAAACCACUAAGCUAAGGGGACAUAAACACACCAACACCGGUUUUCAAACAGUUGUUGGAGAGAAA